AAAAGGCAAGCCGAGCCUUUUAAUGGUUCCCAUCAAAACCACCAAAAAUAUCAUCAAAUCGUCCGAUUUCCGCGAGGAUUCCUGGGGCGGACGCAUGCAGCCUCCUCCCAGCUGACAGACUCCGAGCAAAACAAACACGCGGAGAGGCGUUUUGGAGUUUUUGCCGAGCUCUUCACUCCCAAGAGAGAACUUCGCUUUCGUUCAAGUUUUUUCCUAACAUUUCAAGAGUCUUCCUCCGGGCCCAGGAUACUUUGGAAAAGGCGGCAGAAGUGGCCUGGCUCCUGAAUCCCAGCAGUCCGCUGUGCGCCUGCAUUUACUCGCCUUUACUACUCCCGCUAGUUUCCUUCCAGUUUCUGUCCCAGCGAGUUUGGCGGUUCAUGUUCACAGAUGUUAGCGGUCGGGCAGAUGGAGGCUAACCGGCAGAGUGCUUUCGUCCUGGGCAGCACCCCGCUGGCGGCGUUGCACAACAUGACCGAGAUGAAGACGUCCCUGUUCCCGUACGCGCUGCAGCAGAGCCCGGCGGGCUUCAAGGCGCCUCCGCUGUCCAACCUCAACUCUCAGUUCUCCGGGGGGACCCCGCACGGAAUAAGCGACAUCCUGGGGAGACCAAUUACCACCGCCGGGCAGCUGUUGUCUGGAUUUCCGCGGAUAAACGGCCUGGCAACUACCGCGGCCGCCGCAGCAGCGGCGGGGAUGUACUUCAGCCCGGCGGUGUCGCGGUAUCCGAAGCCCCUGGCCGAGCUACCGGGGCGGGCACCCAUCUUCUGGCCCGGGGUGAUGCAAGGCUCUCCGUGGAGGGACCCUCGGGUUCCUUGUCCUACUCAGGCUAACAUAAUGGUGGACAAGGACGGGAAGAAGAAACACUCCAGGCCGACGUUUUCAGGACAGCAAAUUUUUGCACUGGAAAAAACUUUCGAGCAGACAAAAUACCUGGCCGGCCCGGAGAGAGCCCGGCUGGCCUACUCUUUAGGAAUGACCGAGAGUCAAGUCAAGGUUUGGUUUCAGAACAGAAGAACCAAAUGGCGGAAGAGGCACGCAGCGGAAAUGGCCUCGGCUAAGAAGAAGCACGACUCCGAGACGGAGAAAAUGAAGGAGAGCUCUGACAACGAGGAGGACGACGAGUACAACAAACCCUUGGACCCAAAUUCAGACGACGAAAAAAUCACGAGACUCUUGAAAAAGCACAAGGCCACCAACCUGGCGCUGAUCAGCCCCUGCAGUAACAGCUCGGACACCUUGUGAUCCCCACAGCCUGGGAGGGACCCAGAAAAGGGGUCCCCACGAAGACUUGUCGCACUCUUUCCGAGCCCAUCUCCACCUGACAUUUCCAACAUGCCUCUUAAGGGAUCACCUUUAUUCCCCCACCCCCCCACACACCCUCGAGCAGAGAUAGAAAAAUGCGUAAAACUCCCAAGCCUGCGCCCAGACGCACGGGAAAAAUCGAAAAGGUGGCCAAGCGGAGACGCACAUGGUUGCAUCCAAACUCACCCAGACGCUGCUGUAUGCGGAGCUAUAACUGUGUUUCCUCCUGGACUUGAGAAAGACUGAUGAGGACAUGUUUAUCCGAGCUGAAAGGACACUGAUGCUGGGAACGGAAACUGUCCUGGAGACGCAAAUGAGUUUUUCCGCAUACAGGCAGAGUUUUAACAGGUGUAAAUGUAAAGAAAAUAUUCUUUAAAAAAAACAAAAAAAAAACAACCCUACUUUGGAUCAGUGCUGAGCUCAAAACGUUUACACUUUAAGUCAUUGCACUUGUUGCAUUAUUUUUCCAGCUUGUCACGUUACGUCACUGUUUCAGCUCCUAAUGUGACAUCUAAAUGUUUUAAUACUUUUCGGUAUUCUUACGUUCAUCUGAAGAGAUUGCACACUUUUUAAAAUUUUAGUUUUUUAUUUUACACGUAUUAACAGAUUAUUUUGUGUUUUGUUUUUUUUAAGUAGCCCACACUGAUCCAGAUCCCGGGCUCAUGUUUUAAAUGGCAGGUGCAAACGGGGCCUGUGACGCUUCUAAAGCUCAGUUUAACCAGGGUAUCCACUGUCCUAAAAGGCAACAGACUAAACUGUUUGAAGGGGGCAGGUUUGAGACGAGUGACUGAUUUUUGUGCUGUAGCCUGCAGAUGAACAUGUAUGUGAGAUUGUAUAUAUAUUUUUUACUGAGUAAGUUAUGAUUUGAGCAGCGGAAACGUGGCAGCAUUGGGCUCAUCACUCCCUCCGACACCGCUUUUUAUUAUUAUUUUUUUCUUCCUGCUGAGUAAAGUCACGUUUUAUUGAACUCUACAUUUCAUUACAGGAACACUAUUGUAUAAAAUGCUAAAUGCUGUAAAUAAUGACUGUAAACAAACAAACCAAGAAAAACCACACAGCUUGUUUUUUAACAUCACUUUUAUUUAGUUUGACAGAGUUUCUGUUUUACCUCAUCACGCAGCCGAGCAGAGAACCGGAGCAUCGUUUUAAGUUGGAUCUAAAGAGUAUUAUCGCUUCCGGAAGAUUAUAGGAAGAAAAAGAAAAAAGUAAACCCCCUUUGUAUUAUGAAUAAAUUAUUUAACAAGCUUUUUUUGUUUGUUUGUUUUAUUUUGGGUUUUGAUUUAAUGUAUGGGCUUAAUAUAAAUUAAAGAGAAGUUCAUGACUAUCGAUAAGUGAAUUUCCUUAUUGGCAGCAAUGACACCGACAAGCGGGUUAACUGAUGUUAUUAUUAAGUUUAUAUAUUUUAUACAAGAGUGGCGCGUAAGGAAAAACGAGUCUUUUAAAAUAUUUAUAUAUAUUUCAAAAAGUGCAAUCUAUGUGGGAUCAUCAUUUAUUUACUUAAACAAUUCCCUCCAUAAAUUAUGAAGCGUUAUUAUAAUAAUUAUUAUGAUUAUUACAAAAAGGUAAAACAUCGAUUUUUUUUAACAUAUAUAAAUGACCAACAAUAAAUCCUCUCUUUCAAUGCUGGAGGUUUUAUUUUCCAUCUUAUAAAUCGAGAUUAAUUAACUCUUUGUUCAAUCUUUACGUUCCUCUUGGAGAGAAAGUGAUCCUUAGCCUUUAUUAUUAUUACUUUAUCUCAGAAAAAGCUUAAUUGCGGUUUUAUACUGUUUGGUGUUCAGAGUUCUUGUAUUUAAUACUUGAGACUUAAGACUUGAAGUGCUCCCCCUCUGUCUGAAAUGCGGAACUACACCCGAGGUAGUUCUAUGUAGGCAAAUCAAUGGGAGAGUUCAGCCAAUCACAAAUGAGCGCUCAUUAAACUCAAAUCCCACCUUGGACUUUUUGAUAAUCCGUGCAUGAAGUGAACAGCUGCCAUCAUAAAAGACGGAUUUAAGGAAAAGUUAUCCUUCUUUAAACUGAGGCCGCGGGAACAGGCUGAUAUUAAAAAGACCCCAAACGUUUCAAGCUUAAUUAUAUAUUUCAAUAUAUUUCUAUAUAUUUGUUAAAUGAUAAUAACAUGUAACAUUUUUCUCAUUUUUAUACUCGGAAUUGUUUAACGUGGACAUUUAAAUUCGUUUUAGGCCUUAGUUAAAGGUAGCGAGGACUCAUACACCUGGGUCAAAUUGCAUUGCGUAUUUCACUUGACGCAAUUUUUUUUUCUUUAUCUGAAAAGUUGCGUCCAAAAUGUAUUGUUGGGCACUAGUGCGCAAAAAAUGAGACCAAACCAAUAACACUAC